AGAAAGAGAGAGAGAGAAGAGAGAGAAGAGAGAGAAGAGAGAGAAGGCUAAAACUUGAAGAACACACUUGGAAUUUUUCAUCAUCUUCUUCACCAUGAAAAACCUCCAUGGCCUCUUGAGAGCGAGAGAAAGGUGAUUGUGGUAAUGCGAAUCCACCAGGGUUGGCGCGGUAUCACUUGUCGAUCUUGGCCCAAAGAAAUCACGAGAUCUCUAGAGCUUGAUUGUGGUAAUGCGAAUUCACUAGUACGUGUUGACGAUAUCAUUUAUCAACCUUGCUCUAAAGACCAAUCACGAUAUUCCUAAUCCUGACCUUGCCUCGAAGACCAAUAACGAGAUUCCUGAUCCCAACCUUGUCUCAAACAACAAUCACGAGAUUCAAAGCUAAUCCACCCGUGGCAACAAUACCAAUUAUCGAUCUUUCUUUACCACCAUUAACAAGGAGCGAAUGAAGCAAUCACUUUUAUUUUAUGAGAAUCUAACACCUCCUUUGUUUCAGGUGAUUGUUAUAAAUGCAAAUAUGGGUUGCAAUAGGUGUCGCCAAAGAGUUUCUCAACUUCUUUCCAAAAUGUCUGAAUUAAUUGAGGUUACCAUAGAUGUGACAAAAAACCAAGUGGUUGUCAAAGGGAAUAUCAAGUUUCAAAGCAAGAAAGAAGAAAUUAAUGUUCAUUAUUCCCAAGUGAAGGGUGGUUCUCUAAAAUCCAUCUCUCUCGAACUUUCAAACCAUUGCUUUUAGAUUUGAUAUUUUUCUUUAUUAUAUAUAUAUAUAUAUAUAUAUUUUUGGCUCAAAUUAGAUAUAUUGCACAAGUGUUUGUAUUCAAUUUGAAACAUUAGGCUAAUAUUCAUCGUUGUUGGAAUGAUUACCUUAUCUAAUUUGAUAUUAAACCUA